AUGCACGUGCUCCCCCCAGCCAACGGCACGAAGCUCUGGAGAAUCAAAAGACUGGUUCUGGGCCUGCCUUCUUCAGCAGAUGCCUCUUCCUCUCUCGAAUGCUACAACUCGUCUCAAAGAAUCCUGGCAGCAGGCAAGCAAUUCAUGCUGAGGAGACCUCCUCUCAAGAGACCAAAGUCCAAGCCGGGAAUGCCCAAGGACUUUGUGUUUGUCGACCUUUCGCCCGUCAAGUCAGAGGAGAAGCUCUCGGAAGAGAAUGUGGAGAAGCUUCCUGGCAACGAAAGCGAUGUUUCAUCGCCCACUGUCGACACGGUUUUCUCGGAGAACUCGCCCACCCUGAGCUUCCUGAGCUUCUCCAACUACAACUACGCGUCCGACGACUUGUACGGACCCUGCUUUGACGAGAGUCUUCUUGGUCUUGGCCUCAUGGGUGUUGAUUUCCCAGAACAGGUGCAACCACAGCAGGCUCCUCCACAGCAGAAUGUCACGCCUCCACAGCAGACCUUCCCUCAGUUUGACAUGUCUUUUGGUCAAGUGAGCCCCAUUUCCCCUACACAGCUGAAUGUUCCUAGCGAACCUCAGUCACAGCCUCAGCAGCAGGCCCAGCACAAGAGAAGAAAGUCCGCUGGCGGAUUCACCUUCAAGAGCUACACGGGGCCCAAUGGCGGCGUUAAGAAGAGAAAGUCGCAGAACCACAGAAGAUGCUUUUCUGAACCAGCCAAGAAACAGCAGCAGGCUCCCACGCCGCCUCUGAUGGAGGAGUUUUUGCACAUGCCCAAGGUGGAGAAAUUCGACGGUUUCGACUUGAGCAUGGUGGACGAGAUGGGUGCUUUUGCCUACGGUGAGGACAGAUUCAAGGAGGAGUUUGACUUGCAGAAGUACCUCUCGAUCUGA